UCAUGGAGCUCAGGGUCUCCCCCGGCUGCUCCUCAACUGUAUAAAUGUGGAGGCAGCCGGAGUCCAAGUCAUCACAGCACGGAGAACAGGUUGAGCCAGCUCAACUCUGAUCAGCACUGACUGUAACACAGUGAAGGCAACACACACACACACACACUUCAGGAUGGCUGCUCCUCGUCUCGCUCUGUCUGUGGUUGUGCUGAUGCUCGCUGUCAUCGCUCUGAGUGAAGGUCUGCGUGGUGUCGGCCCAAAGAGAUGCUGCUUCCGUUUCAACGAGAACGAGGUGCCCAGAGACCGGGUGGCCAGCUACAUCCGGACCAGCCAGCGGUGCUCCAACCCUGCCGUCUUGUUGAAGACAGUGGCCGGUCGUCAGCUGUGUGUCAGACCUUCAGCCACGUGGGUGAAGCAGCUCAUCAGCUACCUGGACGCCAAGGCUAUCCCAGGAGAGACGUCCAACCUGUAACCAGGGCAACACGUGGCCAGGUUAUCUCCAGUAACAGCUAUCUGAUUAUCUGAAUGCAAAAUAUAUACCUAAAACAGUAUAUACUAAAUAUUGUUGUGUUUUGUAACAUGCUCAUGGAUAGAAUUUGCUAGUAGCCAUUUCUAUACAUACCAUGUUCUACAUUUCUGAUUUCAAUUGUAUAAUUUAAGUAUUUAGAACAAUAUGUAUGUAUUACUUGAUACUCAAAGUGUGACCGUCAACACUGUGAACUACUGCGAUGUAGUUGGAAUUGACUUACAGAAACUACAGCUACCUGCACACACUGUCAAAGAGCAGUGGCUCCCAACUCCACCUGUUGUCAUAAGUAAAGUAUAAGCUACGGGUUACCUCACUAUUUCUACUAUGAACCAUUUUGAGCAUGUUGUCUUUUUUUCUGUAAAGCAAAGUGAUGAUCACUUGCAGUCUGUUUUAAAUUCAAAUCACAAUUUGACAACAAAUAAUUGAUUCUAUUGAUUUAAGCAUGAUGAAUUGAUUUCUGUAUGCAUGUGCUACUAAUUUGAUCCUCUUGAAUUAAAGCAAGAUAAGAUGUCA